AUGACCAAUAUGUUCAGCGAUUUGAGCACCAAGUACGAAAAUGUCGCGAGCCAUAUGAGACACAUGGACAUUCAAAUUGCUCAGACUACUGAGAGCGUCAAGAGGCAACAAGGUACUCUACCUGGAAAACCCGACAAAAACCCUAAAGAGUGCAAUGCGGUUGAGUUGAGAAGUGGAAAGCAACUGUCGGAACCGGUAAAGAAGAGGUUCACUGCGGCUGAGAAGGGGAAGCAGAAAGAGUCGAAACUACCACCAGCCGAUACCCCGGCAGCUGAGAAGGAGACGGAACCAACAGUUGGAACCAAUUCGCCAGGACCAGAACAACCAGCUGAGGCUGUCCGCCCGAUCCCAGAGCCUGUUCCUGCUCGCGAAUACAAUCCCAAACUCCCUUAUCCUGUUCCAGCAAAGGCUACUCGUAAGGACCGAGAGGAGAUGAAGUACAGAAAGAUACUAAAGGAGCUAACCGUCCGACUCCCCUUGAUGGAUGCGAUCCAGAUGAUGCCCUCCAUGCGCAGCUUUAUGAAGGGAUUGAUCUCAGGAAAAAUAUCAGAGGAGAGCGAACUCAUGACUGUCUCUAAGGAGUGCAUCGCAGUGCUUCAAAACAUGCAGAUAAAGAAGCGAGGAUACCCUGUCAAGUUCGUCCUAUCUAUCCAGAUUGGGAAGACAGUUUUCUCAUGCUCCUUGGUUGAUCUGGGAUCCAGCGUAAACCUCAUGCCCUACUCUGUAGCCCGACGUCUGGGAUACACGCAUUUCAAACCAACUAGGAUGUCCUUGGUGUUUGCGGAUAGAUCAGUUAAGUCCCCGGUUGGUUUUCUAGAGGAUCUCCAAGUAAAAGUCGGGAACACCUCUGUUCCAGCAGACUUCGUAGUUCUAGAGCUGGAAGAGGAAUCCAAAGAUCCUCUCAUUUUAGGAAGAUCAUUCCUAUGUACAGUUGGAGCCAUCAUUGAUGUGCGGCAAGGGAAGAUUGAUCUCAAUCUGGGAAACAUAGUCAUGCAGUUCAAGAUGGAUGAGCUGCUGAAGAAGCAGAUGCUGGAUGGACAGACCUUCGAGGUGGAUGAAGGGAUUGAUCCGCUGCAACCUCGCGACGGGAUGAUCGAGGAGAUUCCUACAGAAGAUCCACUUGAGCUUACACUAGUAAGAGCUGAGGCCGAGCAGAGUGUCGAGAACAUUGACGCAUACGGGUAUGCUAAGAUGCUUGACUCCGCAAGGAGUAUGGGAAGAAUGGUGGCGAGUCUAAGUCUGGGGGAAGAAAGCAACAAGGAAGAGAACACUCCAACUGGAGCGACCCCUUUACCGAACUCGCCGAACCUACCUGAUGAUCCCUGGAGUGAGUUGAAGGCUCCCAAGGUUGAGCUAAAACCCCUUCCCAAGGGGCUCAUGUACGCUUUCUUAGGUCCGAAUUUCACUUAUCCUGUCAUUGUGAACGCUGAACUCAAAAAUGUGGAAACUGUAUUGCUUUUGUGUGAGCUUAGGAAGUACCGUAAGGCAUUAGGAUAUUCACUAGCUGACAAACCUGGUUUCUUUCAGAUCCCUAUCCAUCCGGACGAUCAGGAGAAGACGACGUUUAGAUGCCCAUACGGGACAUACGCAUACAGGAGAAUGCCAUUCGGCCUGUACAAUGCGCCAGCAACAUUUCAGCGCUGCAUGAUGUCGAUCUUUACUGACCUGAUUGAAGACAUUAUGGAGGUUUUCAGGGACGAUUUCAGUGUCUAUGGAAGCUCCUUUAGUGUCUGUUUGUCAAACUUGUGCAUGGUACUCAAAAGGUGUGAGGAGAAACAUCUGGUGCUAAAUUGGGAGAAGUGCCACUUCAUGGUCAGAGAUGGGAUUGUUCUAGGGCAUAAGAUCUCCGAGAAAGGCAUUGAGGUAGAUAAGGCAAAGGUCGAGGUGAUGAUGAGCUUGCAGCCACCAACAACUGUGAAAGCUAUCAGAAGCUUCUUGGGUCACGCAGGGUUUUACAGGUGGUUCAUCCAGGAUUUCUCAAAAAUAGCGAGACCACUCACCAGACUGCUCUGCAAGGAGAUCAAGUUUGAUUUCGACAGCGAGUGCUUAGCUGUGUUCCAUACGAUCAAAGGAGCUCUAGUCAGCGCACCUGUUGUACAACCGCCAUACUGGGAUCUCCCUUUUGAGAGCAUGACUGAUGCUAGCGAUUUUGCAGUUGGAGCAGUUCUUGGGCAGCGCAAGGACAAGAAACUUCAUGUGAUCUAUUACGCAAGAAAAACCAUGGAUGAAGCUCAAUGCAGAUACGCUACGACUGAGAAGGAAAUCCUGGCUAUUGUUUUUUCAUUCGAGAAGUUCAGAUCCUACCUGGUGGGAUCAAAAGUGAUUGUGCACACAGACCAUGCUGCUCUUAAGUACUUGCUCACAAAGAAGGAUGAAAAACCGAGGUUGUUGAGGUGGAUUCUUCUUCUUCAAGAAUUUGAUUUCGAGAUAAAAGACAAAAAGGGACUCGAGAAUGGGGUUGCAGACCACUUGUCCAGAAUGAAGAUUGAGGACGACACAGCUCUUGAUGAAGAACACACAGUAGAACACGUCAACACGAUUGGUCUGCGCUUUGCGGAACAACCCCUGAGCAUAACAUUCGAUUGUUCUCGCGUACCGGAACAACCAGUAGCCGCGAUCCAAAAGCAGUACUCUCACCUCCCCUGGUUUGCUGAGAUUGCGAACUUCCUAGCUGCUGAAAAGGAACCACUUAAGUUCACUGGAAAUGAGAAGAGGAAAUUCUUAAGAGAGGCGAGGCAGUAUGGUUGGGAUGAACCGUACUUGUACAAACAUUGCAAGGAUGGCAUAUUCAGAAGGUGUGUUCCAGAGGCAGAAAUUCCAGGGAUUCUAUAUCAUUUCCAUGAUUCCUCUUAUGCAGGACACUUCGCCACAUUCAAAACGGUUUCCAAAAUCCUCCAAGCAGGUUUCUGGUGGCCAACUAUGUUCAGAGAUGCUCAUGCCUACAUAGCUCGAAGCGAUGCAUGCCAGCGACUUGGGAACAUCAGCAAAAGGAAUGAAAUGCCUCAGAAUUAUAUUUUAGAAGUUGAGGUGUUCGACUGUUGGGGAGUCGACUUCAUGGGACCAUUCCCUCCGUAUUUCAAGAACGAGUACAUCAUGGUCGCCAUUGACUAUGUCUCCAAGUGGGUAGAAGCAGUGGCGAGUCCCACUAAUGAUGCAAAAGUGGUGACUAAGAUGUUCAGCUCCAUCAUCUUUCCGAGAUUUGGGAUGCCUAGAGUGGUCAUUAGCGAUGGCGGAACACACUUCAUCAACAAGGCAUUUCAGGGCAUGUUGAAGAAGAAUGGGGUGAAACACAAGGUGGCUACCGCUUAUCACCCCAGACGAGUGGACAGAACAGCCUACAAAAUGCCGCUAGGAACCACCCCCUAUCACCUGGUCUACGGUAAGGCUUGUCAUCUUCCUAUCGAGCUCGAAUACAAGGCUGCAUGGGCAGUCAAGUUACUGAAUUUCGACAUCAAGCCAGCAACUGAGAGGCGCAUGAUCCAAGUCCAUGAGCUGGAAGAGCUAAGGCACCUCGCCUAUGAGAGUUCCAAAAUUUAUAAGGAGAAGACUAAAGCCUACCAUGACAAAAAGGGAGACGAGUUCGUCGUCAAUGGUCAGCGCAUCAAGCAUUACCUUGCUGACUCCACUAUCGCAGAGGGUCAAAAACAAGAAAAACUGAACACUUCAGUCAGAACAACCGAAGGACUGUUCUUCUGGUGGAACAACCCAUCGCAUGUUCCAGGUUUGUUGAAGAUGCCUCCACGCACCAGGCAAUCGGCCAAUAGAACAAGGAAGACGAACAACACGGCCCCACAGCGAGCACAACAACCAACCUCCGCCUCUUACCCAUGGCCGCGAGAACAGGAGGACGAGCCAAUCAAUCUCGAUGACCCUACGCUUUUAUAUUUCAAUUGCGAAGGGUGGGACAAGGAGACAACUAGUCGGUACAACACUCUCCUCAAGGCCGAGAUACUACCUACCCGUUUUUGCCACGCCGAGACUCUCGUUGAGCUCGGUAUCGAUGAGGAUGUGUUCGAGACGCUGCAAGCGAUGGGGAUCCCUCCCUUUUGUUACGCUACGCACAAGCUCUACCCUGACCUUGUCCGCCAAGUGCUCGCCACUGCCACCAUCAGCUAUGAGGACUUCUCUGCUCCUUCCUACGCCAACUGCUCCUUCUCAUUCAUGGCUGAUGGAGAGUAUUGCUCACUGUCCCUCGACAAACUCAAGGAAAUCUUUGAGAUCGCGAAUGAGCCGAGAGUGGUAGCAGUGGCGAAAAAUUUCUCCCCAUCAAACACCUUCUGGGACUUCAUCGCGAAUGGGAACUUCACACCUGGCAAAGCCUACCAGUCGCAGAUCAGGAACCCGACACUUAGAGUCAUUGCAAAGAUCAUUUCAAACCUCCUGUUCGCCAAGGAUCAGACUUCCAAAGUGACAAACGGGGAGCUGUAA